AUGGAACAUAAAAUAUUUAUACCACCAAAAAUCUGGCGUUUUAUAGCAGCUGAUGAUCCAUUAGUUGAUAUUAUAUUAAGUCGUGAUCUUGAUUCAGCGUUAACAAAACGAGAGCAUGAAGUUGUUGAUACAUGGCUCGCUAGGAAUAAAUCAUUUCAUGCUAUACGUGAACACCCUAAACGUAAUUUUCGUAUGCUCGGUGAUUUAAUUACACAUUGUACUGGUCGUGCUUAUCAAAUCUUUCUUACUUCUCAUAGUUGGGCAUUUACAACAUCAAGUCUGCUUGUUCAUGAUAGUUUCUUUUGUAUGAAUGAUUUUUGA